GUACUAAAGAAGAUCGAAUUGAAAUUCUGCGUUUUCUUUUUUGCGCAUCCGAUAAGAUAUGACAAAAAAGCUCGGAAUGCUAAACAUUUUUAAAUGGAAUCCUAAAAAGCCUAUUCCAGAGGUUCCCACUUUUAAGGAGAAUCUACAAGCGCACCACUUUGUGGACGCAGGGAAACAGCUAAUUACCCGAGAAAACCGUCUGUUUGAGUUGAAGAAGGAUGGGAUUGGAUCCAAAAGGAAGCUGGUGGAGGAAGAGGAAGAUUCAGAGGCUCAGCUAGCAAAAGACUACGAAGACUUGCUGGAGUCGGUGAUGCGGACCCUGGAAAACUCCCUAGACCGCCAGAGUCCUGAGGAGCAGGAGGUGCUAAAAGAAGCAGUCCAAGCCAUGCUGCAGGAGGAGGAGCAGGACAAGCGCUGGGAAGGGUUUCAAGAAAAGGAACGCCCACCGUGGAGACCGAGGAAGUGUAAACAGAACCACGAGGCUCUGCUGGAGCGACUUGUUCAGAGGAGGAUGGAAGAAGCACAGUUAGACUCGAAAGUAGAGAUACAUUCCUCCUUGCAGCAAUCGAUCAUUUGCAAAGCCAAACGACUGAAAGAAGACCUGGUGAAAGUUGCGACAUGGGUCAGCAGCUGCUACCCAGAACAGGAGAAUGUGUGCCAGUUUUAUGCCACACUGUACCAUAAAAUCUUCAGUGCAAGACUGAGAGAAGUCGCAGAGUACACACUGUGUGAUGAGGACUGUGUCCUUUUAUUGCAGUGGGUGAACCAGGAUUACCCCAAUAUUCUAAAUGGCAUAAAGAUAAAAGAUGUGAUCGAUCACACAAAGUUUGAUCCGCUGCUUCCUGAAGACAUGAUUGUACCACUGGAACAGCAGUUUUUGAUCGCAGAGGAGAGGGAAGUGAGCAUGUGCCUUCACAACAUUUUGGACAGAGAAGAAACAGCCUGGAAGGACGGAGAACAUCCACAAAUGAGAGACCAGGUGUACUGCUGUGAUCAGGCUAUUGAUGUCAUCCAGUGCUUUCAUAAACAUGUAGAGUUUGCUCAGAAGGUGCUAGGCGAUGAGGCAAAAGCACAGAGAAUCACAAGCCAGAUGAAAACAUUUCUGACAGAUUACAAAGCAUUUCAUGCGAAGGUCAUCAGAAGCAAGCAGACCAACACUGAGGCCGUUUUAAUGGUCAACCUUUCAUGCCUCAUACAGUGCAGGGACUACGUUACAAAGAAAGCACAUCUGUUUCCUGAAGAUGUCAAAACUGAUUGUCUCUCUUUAUUGGCUACCAUGAUAGAACGCAGCCAUCGUCACUUCAUUUCUAAUAUGCUUAAGGAACUUAAGGACUUGUACAGGAAGGUGGGUUCCAGCGAGUGGCUCAAGAACAGUGAUGGUGUAUGUGAAGAGCUGCUUGCAAAGCUGGAUGGACAUAUUCAGAAAUUCAACAACUUGGAUAAAACAUGUUGCCAGGAGCUGCUGGGUGGAAUGCAUAAGGAGUUUCUAGCAGAAUAUGUCCGGAAAAUGAUGAAGCACAAGAUCAAACUUUCAGAUAAAGCACAGCAACAUAUGGCAGCAUCAUCACUCUGCUUAAACAGCGAACGUAUGCAUACAUACUUCACUGACGCUGGGUCAAACAUGGACUUGUUGAAAGACAUUCUUCCCAAUUUAGCGGGUCUGCUAAAACUACAGGAUCCAGACAGUAUAAAGCUAGAGCUCGUAACUCUGAUGAAGCUUUACCCUGAUCUCAGUAAGGGUCACAUUUCUGCUUGGCUGAAACUCAAAGGAAAUCUUUCUCCAUCAGAACUCAGAAAUAUCCUUGAGAGCGUCACUUGCAGCCAGGAUCAGUUAAGUGAAACGCAGGACUCACUUCAGUUGAACUUCUUUUCCAUAGUGAGGAUCAAAUGAACCUCAUAACAAUGCUUGUGUAUAUUUGCUUGCUUUUGUAGAAUUGCUCAUGCUCAGGCAUUUGGCAAUUGUUUGUACAUAAUGAAAUUCUUUGUGAAUUUGUCAGUUUUUACUCUCCAGUUUGGCACUGUAAUGUGAAUUACGAAAAAUAAACCAUAAAUUUAUGGUAACUGUGU